AAUAUAAUUCAUCAUUAUAUGCAUCCCUAUUCCUCCUACUUUUUCCGCCGCCACCAGGCUUAGAAGACAAUCGUCUUCUCUGUGACCCUUUGUCUCACUCUGCUCCCUCGCCAGUCCCCACUUCUUAGCAUAGAACAGAGAGAGCUGAGAAGACAAAAAGAGGAGAGGAAAGAAAGAACACCCACGAAUCAGAGUUAGAAAGGGGCGAUGGAUGAUGGUGGGGGUGCAGAUCUGGAGCUUACCAAGCGGUUCUAUCUUUAUCCUCCUUUAUUUUCUCAAUCUCUUCUCUUGUGACCAAUCAUGGUGUCGGGGCCCAGACCAGAUGAGGAGAUGACGGAGCUUCUUUGGUGACGGUUAUCAGGGAAGUACCGCCACAGUGUCUCAAGCUUUCAGGUGACGUACGUACGGUAGCUGAGCUUCAUAGUGGACAUGCCUCUGUUUCCUUUUGGCAUCCCACAUUCUAGGACGCCAUGCUUGCCGUCGAGACUCUUGUGGCUAUCGCCGUGGCGAAGAUGGUGGCUCAGAAGAUCGCCGGCUGUAGUCUUUCUCCCUUGAAGGUAUAUUGUUGCAGCCUAUUCUGUAGCUUCAGGGAUGAUCUAAGAGAUUUGGAGAAGGAGCUCCUCUGUCUUGAAGCCCAGCUCAAGGACAAAGACAAGUGGUUAUUUGGCAUCGAGGUUGUUGACGAGGCGCAGACCGUGCUGGCGCAGAGUUGGCAUCGAGAUGCCAAGCAGCUGGCUUUUGAGAUUGAAGACACCAUUGAUGAGUUUGUCUCCUCCGAAGAGCUCUACCAUGAGAGCACCUGUGCCCACAAGGCAUCAUUGCUCUGUUCAUAUUCAAAUCCGAUUGCAGCUAGAGUUUGGACAGUCAAAAGGAUGAUAUCGGAGACAAAGAAGCUGAAUUCAGCCAUCAAGUUGAAUGAGCGAUAUGGUACUAGACCUACUGGUAUUGGUUCAGAGGCAAGGAAGUUUGCGGAGAAAGAGACAACCUCAUAUGAUGGCCCUGAUCCAGUAAUCGGUAGGGUGAACGACCUGGAAGCUAUUGUGGACACUAUAAAGGAACAUUCAAAACGACUUUCCAUUAUUGCCAUAGUUGGGCCUGUAGGUGUUGGGAAGACAUGUCUUGCACGGUUAGUAUUCAACCACCUAGAUAGUGGGAGCAGAUUCACUCGCAAAAUUUGGGUUUAUGUACACAAGUCUUGUUCCAGAGUGGAUAUCAAAAGAAUUGGGAGACAAGUAGUUUCACAGGGUCUUUUGCCGGGUGAGGAAAGACCCAAUGCUGAUUACACAAUGCAGGAAAUUACAACUAAGGUUCAUGAGAUACUGAAAAGAGAAAGAUGUCUCAUCGUACUAGAUGGCUUGUGGGGUGCAGAUGAUGAUGUGCACUCACUGAAACAAAUGUUUACAAGUUGUGAUGCGGAGAUAGAAAGCGUAAUCAUGGUGACCACGCACAACGAACAAAUUGCCCAACACAUGUCAACUCUUCCACUGUACAAAUUGGCUCCUAUGAUUGAAGGUGAUCAUUGCUCAGAUAUCUUUGUGAGUGCAUUGCGUGGUCGCAAUUCACUGUUCCCUAGGUACAGAAAGGAAAUUAUCUCAAGGUGUGAAGGCAUACCUCUUGUUGCUGAUUUCCUUGGUUCUGUUGUGCGUACUGGUGGAUGGGAUCAGCGUGCCGUUUGGGAAACUGCCAGGGACAAAGACUUGUGGAAAUUAGAGGAGGAUUAUGCUACUACACUAAACAAGGAGUUGACGUUGUUUGCUCCAUUCAAGCUAAUGUUCUAUAAUAUACCUCAUGUUCUGAGAUUAUGUUUUGCGUAUUGCUCAGUCUUCCCUAAAGGAUCUCGUAUCCAUAAGAGAAAGCUUAUUCAGCAGUGGAUUUCACUUAACAUGGUUGAGCCUGCCACACAUGGGUCUGUUACAGCCAAAAUGAACGCAGAGAACAUCAUAAAGCAACUAAAGUCAAUUCAUCUCCUUCAGGUCGAUGAUGCUGCUGAAGGAAGCACAGGUGCAACAGGUGAGGUUGUACGCCUGCAUUAUAUGGCAUAUGAACUGGCCCGUUUCAUCUCGAACAAAGAUAUCCUUGUCGUUUUAGAAGAUGAAGAAACAGUCAGCUCCUUUCCUCAAGAGAAAGAAGAGGCCAGUCGGACAUAUUGUUUUUGUCAAGAAAAGGAACAGCCCAGUUUGAUGUACUGUGACCAUCGUUACGCACAGCUCCCAGUUUUUACCAAACAUCGACCACAGAAGGUCAGGUCGCUAAUUCUUAGACCCAGAACCAAUUUGCAGGGAGACAAACCUAUGAUUCUUGAUGCUGUCACUGAAGUAAUCUCAGGAAAUAAGUACUUGCGAGUCUUGGAUCUUAGCGGAUGUGGUAUCACAGAACUGCCAGUUUGUAUUUGUCAGCUGAAGCAGCUAAGGUACCUUGAUGCCUCAAACUUAGACAUGAAAGAACUGCCUUCUGUGGACAACAGUUUGAGAAAACUCGUUUAUCUGAAUCUACAAGCCUGCUGCAAUCUUCAACGUUUGCACGAGUCAUUUGGCAUGCUUCCUAGUCUAAAAUAUCUUAACUUAUCAAGGUGUGUUGGACUCACAAAAUUGCCUGCAUCAUUCAAGAGACUUAGAUCAUCUCGGCAGGACUGCACAAUUGACUUAUCUGGCUGCCAGGAGUGUGUAGUGUUACAGUUUAAUUCUGAACUCCAUGGUAACCAAACUCAGCCACACCAGGUACCAAAUCCUCAACCUGAUCGGAGUCCUCAACCUGACAAGGUUUCAGAUCCCCAACCCAUUCAGUGCCAUCAGCCAGAAAUAUCUUCCAUGAAAGACGAAAUUACGGGAAGCCAUCCUGGGCUUCCAUUGGAAUCAAAUUCUCUGGUAGAUGUAGCAGAUGAACAAAAGGAAUCUCAGCCAUCGCUGGACACAAACCUGGGACAUCGUGCAUCAUUAUCAUCAAGCAACUCAACAUUCGGAGCUCCAUAUUAUGGAAAAACAGCAGAUAUAAGAGGAGCAGUCAGACCAUCUACUUCUCAGGUGUCAAGUCUUGUUGAGUCAGUAAACAGGCAUGCCAACGGUACUAAAGUACAUAAUCCCAUUGAGAAUUCAGUUCCAUCCCCAGGUGGAUGCCAGGAUAUAGAGGGCACAAAUCUAGGUCCUAGGAAAGAAAAGAUGGCAGCAGAAAAAAUUGAUGUGGUAAUUAUCAGCACUCAACACAAAGACUUGCCAAUCCCACCUAAGCAAGACAGCUCUAGCUCUUCAGUUGAUGCAAACGGUUCAAAGCUUGAAUACAUCAUAGAGGGAAACACUAGUGAAAUAAAAACAUUGAUCCCUAAUGGAGAAGAACUGAACCAAGGAGCGGUAUCUUGUUCAUCCAGCCUAUUGAGGUCACAGGAUACAAAGGCUUCAGACAUCCACACCACGACUAAGCAUUAAUAACGACAAGACAACAGAGAAGAAUGAGCGAGAGGGAGAGCACAGAAGCUCUGCUGAGUACAUAUGAAGUGGAUAGAUACAUGGGCCUUAUGGGCCUUGAUAUUCCUAACACCCCCCUUCAAACUCAAGGUGGAAGCGGAGGAUCUGAAGCAUUGAGUUUGAGCAAGUGAAGUCGAUGCUGCUCUCGAGUUUGUGCUUUGGUGAACAAAUCUGCCAACUGCAGUUUUGAUGGCACAUACUGAAGAGCAAUUGUUUUCUGAUGACAGUGAGACCGAGUGAAGGAGGCAUCAACACCAAUAUGCUUUGUAAUUUCAUGCUUCACUGGAUCAUUGGCAAUCUGUAUAGCUCCAGUAUUAUCGCAAAGAAGAGGUGUGGGAGCAUCAGAGGAAAUGCCAAAAUCAGCCAAUAACAAUCAAAGCCAUACAAUCUCUGAAGUGGCAGUGGCAAGUGCUCGAAGUUCUGCCUCUGUACUAGACCGUGAUACAGCCGUCUGCUUCUUAGACUUCCAUACAAGAGGAGAAGAGCCAAGAAGAAUGCAAUAAUUAGUGACAGAAUGACGAUCUGUCGGAUCACUCGCCCAAGUGGAGUCGGAAUAAGCAUGAAGACGAAGCGGACUAUCACGAGCAUAAAGCAAACACUGAGAUGACGUCCCCCUCAAGUAUCUCAGCACACGAAGCAAAUGGCCAAAAUGAACUGAAGUAGGUGUACUCACAAACUGACUCAAUAUAUGGAUUGCAUGAGCAAUGUCAGGUCUGGUAACAGUGAGAUAAACAAGGCUGCCCACAAUAUGCCUAUAUCGUGAGGGAUCCGCCAGAGGUGUACCAUCAGUAGGACGAAGUUGCAAGUGAAGAUCCAUUGGUGUUGCAGCCGUUCGAUUAUCAGUAAUGCCAGAACGAGUAACAAGAUCUUGUAUAUAUUUGGAUUGAGAAAGGUAAAAACCCUUAGCAGAAUGCAAGACCUCAAUCCCUAAGAAAUAACUGAGAGGACCCAAAUCAGACAUCUGAAAUUGCUCACCAAGUUGCUUCUUGACAUGAGAAAUGUGUUCCACAUCAUCUCCCGUAAUCAACAUGUCAUCAAUCAACAUGUCAUCAACAUAGAGGAGAAGCAAGGUACAACCUCGUAAAGAUACAUGAAUAAAUAAAGCAGGAUCAUUAUCACUCGGUGAAAAACCAGCAGCCCGUAUCACAGAGACAAAACGCUCAAACCAGGCACGAGGUGCCUGUUUAAGACCAUAUAAUGCACGACGAAGGCGACAAACAUGUCCUGAAGGUGCAUCAACACCUGGUGGGGGCUGCAUAUAAACUUCUUCAUGUAAAUCACCAUGGAGAAAAGCAUUCUUGACAUCCAUCUGAGAUAUAGUCCAAGAACAAGAAGCAGCUACUGCAAUUAGAGUGCGAACAGUGGUCAUAUGAGCAACGGGAGCAAAUGUCUCAUCAUAAUCAAGACCUGGAGUUUGCUUAAAACCUCUGGCGACCAAACGAGCUUUAUAUCUCUCAAUAGAACCAUCUGAUUUGGUUUUGAUUUUGAAAACCCAUUUGCAUGUGAUAGGGAUAGCAUGUGACGGCAGUGGAACAAGAUCCCAAGUUCCGGUACGAUCAAGGGCAGCAAGCUCCUCAGACAUAGCAAACUGCCACUCUGGAAUACUAGCUGCUUCCUGAUAAGUGGAUGGCUCAACAAUAACAGCACUCACACGUGGAAAACCCAACUUGUCAGGAGGCUCAAUAGUAGUGCGAUCAUGUAGAUGAUAUCGUGGACCAGCCUGUAAUUCAUCAGAGAUAGCACGUGACUCCUCAAUAUUGUCAGAUCCAUCUAAAACAGGAGCAUCCGGACUGGCCGAGGAGGUAGGACUAGGCGUAAGCCCUGUGCGACGAGUGUACACACGCGUUAUAGGUGGUUUAGAGGACGGAGGUGGUGGUGGAGUGGAUGUGGUGGAAGGAGUAGGAUCAGGAAUAAGGGUAACAGGUGGUGGUGGUGGUAUGACAUCAUCACUAGAUGAAAUAGGAGGAAGAAAAAGAAAUGAUGUGGACUCUGUGGGAGAAUAUGAGGGCUGAGUAGAAGGGUUAUAGAAGAAAGGAUAAUUCUCAACAAAAGUUACAUCACGAGAGAUAUGCAUGCGACGAGAUUAAGGAUCAUAACAACGAUAACCUUUAUGCUCUGGACUAUAACCUAGAAAAGCACAUUCAACGGACUGAGCAGUCAACUUAGUUCGCUCACGAGGUGCAAGUAAGACAUAGCAUGUGCACCUAAAAACUCGGAGAUGGUCAUAGUUAGGAGGUAUACCAAAAAGAACCUCACCAGGACAUUUGCCAGCAAGUUUGAAGGAAGGUUGCCGAUUAAUAAGAUAAACAGCAGUAGAGAUAGCUUCUCCCCAAAAAUGAGAAGGCACAAAAGAUGCAAUGAGAAGUGUGCGAGCAGUCUCUAUAAGAUGGCGAUGUUUACGUUCAGCAACACCAUUUUGAGCAUGAGCACCGGCAUAUGAGAGCUGAGCAAGGGUGCCCUCGGAGGUGAGAAACUGGCGAAAAGCUGAAGACAAGUAUUCACCUCCAGAGUCAAAACGAAAAACUUUAAUAGCGGUGGAAAACUGAGUGUGGACCAUGCGAGCAAAGGACUGGUAAAUAGAACACAGUUGGGAUCGAUGUUUCAUAAAGUAAAUCCAAGUGUAUCGAGAAUGGUCAUCAAUGAAAAUGACAUAAUAGCUAUGACCACCCCUAGAAGCAAAAGGCGAAGGACCCCAGACAUCUGAGUGAAUAAGAUCAAAAGGUCGAGCAGAAUGAGAAAGUACUACUAGAAUAUGGGAGUUGUACUUGUUUGUCAAGCUUGCAACUCUUACAAUGAAAGCUAGAAUCAAUAGGAAUAUGACCUAUGGGCCUUGAUAUUCCUAACAAGGUUACCUUCCACUUGGAGGCAUACUAGAACUGCAACAUCGCUCUGUGUAGAAGAUUGAUAUGAAGGAGAAUAAGAGCUUUUUUUAAAAAAAGGAGAAUAAGGAGUCUGAAAUGACCAGAACAUUAGGAGAGCACGUUGUGCAAGAUACAAGUGAGAUGUUAGACAGUAUGAUUGAGAGCAUUAGGAGAGCACCAACUGAAGAAAAUGCAGAGAUCCGACUGGAACUCUUCCAACCAAGAUGCCAGUUGAGUUGAGCCCUCGUGCCCGCGCGCCUGAAUGGGCGCCUGACCUGCACCAAUCUCUCCGGGCCGUAUACAUGGACAAAUGGGCUGAUAGGGUUGUCCAUAAGUGUUAGUGUUACUAACCAUUGGGUUACUCUCAAAAAGAAAAAACUUACCAUUGGGUUGGGCUGGAAAAUCUCUCAGGAGCCUACUAACUUUUUAUUUUGAAAGGCUUCGAGGAGAGAGAAAGCUUCUUGGCAAGUGGCAACCGGUCGCGCGACCGCACGCCGGCCCGCCUCUGGUCCAAGGCCCAGCUACUCCACAUGCCAAACGUCUACUAGUCCUUUAGUUUGCCUACCUAGCGUCUACGACCCAGCGACCACCCUGCAAUUUGCAUACCCACACGCGCAGCCUCCAUAAGAGUAUCUCCAACAGCUUACGUAAAUUAUUAUGGAUAGGUAAAAAAAGAGAAAAUACAGUAAAACUCGUUUCCAACAGAUGAGCUAAACUCCUAUCCUCGCUUUCCCAUUCUGCAACCCACAAAAACCGGUCGGCAUCUUUGCCGAUGCCCCGCGUUCGCCAUCCCCUGCUCCCGUGUGGUCCCGCCCUCUCUCCCGUGCUCUCUCGGUCUCUCCUGCUGACCGCCCGCCUGCCUGCAGGUGACCACGCCUCCCUGCGCGCCGGUUUUGAGCUUCGCCGGCCAACGCGCCUCCCUGCUUGCCGGCCGCGAGCUCCCCGCCUCGUGCUGCUCGAGCCUGCCGCUGCUCGGAGCUCCCUUCACACCGCCGCUCGGAGCUCCCUACCGGCACGGCGCUGGAGAGGCUCACCGGCUCUCCCGGCGGCGCGGAGGUCGGGGCACGGCACUGCAGCACGGCGGCCUCGGCGUGGCGGUCCGGUGGCGCGGUGGCUGGGGCACGGCGCCGCAGCCCCCGUCAGCGUGGCGUCCAUGGAGCUCCGAUGCAGCUCCGCUGUGUCCAUGUUGCUGGCAGAUCUAGCUGUACCCGAUGGCAGUCCAAGCUAAGCAGCUCUAGAUCCACUCGGCCAUGGAAGGCAACUCAAGUGCAUAAUGGAUUCUACCCAAGUGUGUAGAAUCCAUUAUGCGGGCAACUCAUGUGUAUAAUAGAUGUUUUUAUGGGAACUUUUAUUUUAUAUGUGUAAAAAUUUUGAUUUUUAUAAUACUUCUUGUGAUAACUUACUCCUAUUUUACUACUCUUGUGUAUGACAUAUUAUGUUUUACCGAUUCUAUUUUUUGACAACUAUGUUCAUAA